GCUCUCCGUGUCAGAUCAACAAGGUCCUCAGCCACCCGACUCUCCGAUCACCAUCACGGCUCAGGAGGACCGACACAUCAAGUUCUUCGACAACAACAGCGGGAAGAUGAUCCACUCCAUGGUCGCCCACCUGGACGCCGUCACCAGUUUAGCCGUGGAUCCAAACGGACUCUAUCUCAUGUCGGGCAGUCACGACUGCUCCAUCCGUCUGUGGAACCUGGAGAGUAAAACCUGCAUCCAGGAGUUCACCGCUCACCGGAAGAAGUCCGAGGAGUCGAUCCACGCCGUGGCGUUCCACCCGACAAAGUGCUACAUCGGCAGCGCCGGGGCCGACGCUCUCGCCAAAGUGUUUUCCUCCCACUCCCAGUCCUCCCACUCCCAGUCCUCCCACUCCCAGUCCUCCCACUCCCAGUCAGGUUUCAUGUCGUGUUGUUCCAGAGAUGUCGGGUAG